UCUUGGCUUGGAAAGGCAACAUUCUGUGUGAUCAUCGUCGAUAUGGAAAACGUCACCAAGACAGAAAGUAAGAAAGCCCAUUCUGGAUCAUCAAACGACAUAAAGCCUGAUAUGAACGAUGGUCUCCCAAAGCUCUUAAAUUUCUGCCCUAUUCGUAAACCGGUUAAAACUGAAUCAAAAUCUAAUCAAGGGAAGGAAGUGGAAGUCGACGUCAAAAGCCACAAGAAGAAUGCAUCGCAGGAACGCGCAGUGAUUGAAGGCAGUCUCAUUGUGUACUCACACUCAAAGCUAGGCAAGCAAAAGCAGCGCUACUUCCGCUUGUUCCCGCCGUCAACCUUCGCACGGGCGCGUCUCCAGCAGCACGCCAGCGAGGAGGCCGCGUUGGAUCUGUUGGCCAAGCCGGAGUUGGUGUUGCUCUCGAACGACAUCCUCAAGAUUGAGGCCCUGAACAAAGAUGACAGUGUGGAUUAUGGGCAGAACGCGUUCCUAGUCCAGUCAAAAGAGCAAACACUGAUCUUUUCGGCCAUAAGUGAGGAUGACAGAAAGCGAUGGAUUUCGUGCAUCCAAGAGCUCCUGCACAGCGGCUGCGACUCCCCCACUCGCAAGUCAAGUCUGAGCUUUAGUGGUCAGGAGAACGUGACACUGCCUCGGUCGUUCAAUGUACGAAUUUCCAAGUCGACGCAAGUCCGCAUAGGCGACGACUCGCCAGUCGAACUCGUGGUGGACGUCGGCAGCAUCUCCAUCAUCGCAAUAAAUAAAGUUCGUUUAGUGAAGUGGCCGUUCGCAAUGCUAAGGCGCUACGGGACAACCAAUACAACUUUCUGGGUUGAAGCUGGAAGACACACUGAGGCUGGGGAGGGAGAAUUUGAGUUCAUAACGCAUGAGGGCGAAGAAAUUCACCGCAUCGUCAGAGCAGCCAAAAGGCGUCACGUCGCUGAAGAGGAGUGGACUCCGGGUGCUGGGUCGCGCCGCCCCAGCGCAACAGCGGUCGCGCCCCUGGACCUGUUGGGCGACCCAUCACACAUAUACGAGCCCAGCUACUUUGUUGCAGAAAGUAACAAGCUUGAGGUAUGGGGUGUAUGA